AUGUCCUCUUCUCCCACAGAGGUUACAGUGCGAUACACCAUCACAGAAGGCAAUAGGGAUGGUAUCUUCACUAUACACCAUCGUUCUGGGGUCAUCACACUCGCUGGAUCACUGGAUUACGAACUACAAGAUAAGCAUCAGCUAGUAGUGUCAGCAGAGUCAGCAGAUGUCAGCGCCCGAACUUUGGUCUUGGUCAAUGUUCUCGACACCAAUGACCACGCCCCUUUCUUCCUUGACCCCGCCCCUAAGGUCACGGUCAUAGAGGAGGACGAUCGUGACCUUCCUGCCCCCAUCAUCAAGGUAGAAGCGGUGGAUGAGGAUAAAGUGGAUGAGGGUCGCCUUGUGUACAGUGUGGGUGGUGACGGUGUGGAUAAUUUACACCCUGACGACACUUUCUUCAGGAUACACCCACGGACCGGACAACUAUACCAGCUGAGGCCUUUGGACCGUGACCCACCCGAUGGACUGAGCGUGUGGAAGGUCAAAGUUCAAGUCAGGGAUGGUCAGGUCAUCUCAGGUCACCAAGAUGACCCUAGGAGUGACCCGGAAGCUUUUAAUCACCAAGUUAGUCAAUUUGAUCUCGGUUUUGAGUCAUUGAGUCACCAAUAUAUCAUGAACGAUCAGGGAAUGAUGAGUCACCAAGAUAAAGAGUCGUUGAGUCACCAGAUACAAGACCAGAAGCACCAAGAUCACAUGUCUGUGAGUCACCAAACGGGAGGAAUGAGUCACCUUCACCAACAACCUCUGAGUCACCAAGUACAAAAAAAGAGUCACCAAGACCUAAGAAUAUUGAGUCACCAAGUACAGGAAAAGAGUCACCAAGCCGAAAGACUAUUGAGUCAUCAUUCGCCAAUGAGUCACCAAGCAGAUGAAAAUAAAUAUAGGAACCAGAAAAUAACCGAUAAAAAUGGAGAGACAGACACAGAUGAUAAAGGAGAGAAGAGAGAGAUAGAGAGACAGUUAACUGGCACUAAACUGUUCACUCAGUUAGUCACUCACACUAGACUAGUGCCAAAAAAACUACCAAUUCGACUACAGGUGAAAACAGUGCCACAACAGGUGAUAACAGUACCACAACAGGUGAUAACAGUACCACAACAGGUGAUAACAGUACCACAACAGAUGCCAACUGUGCCACAACAGAUGCCAACAGUGCCACAACAGAUGCCAUGGUACCACAACAGGUGA